AUGUUUAGGUUGGAGAAGUUGAGUGACAGGAGGAAGAAAUGUGAUCUAAAAUUCCUUGAGGACAUCCUUUCUGGUAAAUCCAAAAUUAAUCUAAAAUCCUUAUUUCAAAUCCAGAAAUCUACAACCCGAUUCCGUAUUAAUUUUUCUUACAAAAUUGCAAAAAAGAAAAUUCGUGGUAACUUUUUCACAGUGCGAGUGAUUCCUGAAUUUUUGAAAAACAUCAAAUCCUACUCGGAUGAUUUCCUGGAUGUAAUUAUUAGAAAUGCUUGUGAUUGA